AUGUCAUACGCCACACCAAGUGACUUACCUCCACGUCCAUCACAACCCAGAGACGGAAACCAGCUACGAAAUAAUGUCAAUGGAAGAGAAAACUUAGUUGUAUGUUUGUUUUAUACUAGGAUAGGAGCUUGUCGUCAUGGUGAAAACUGUUCCAAGAAACAUAUAAGGCCAAAUUCUUCCAAUACCAUUAUGCUUGCAAAUCUUUAUCAAAAUCCAAAAGUAAAGAAGAGUAAUAAUACCGACAAUGGAUCUGAGCAACUAAUCCCAGCCAGUGAAAGCGGGAAAACUGAAGUAGAAAUGGCGAAUGAAGAGGAACCACAAGAAGAUAAGGAAGAAAAACUGCAGCAACAAAAAGAGGUAGAAGAAUCUGAAGUUGAUCCCACUGAAGAAGAAAUACAAGAAUAUUUUGAUCAAUUCUAUGCAGAUGUUUUUGUUCACAUCUCACAGAUGAGGCCAAUUUAUAAACUUUCCGUGUGUGAAAACCAGAACGAUCAUCUUAAUGGUAAUGUGUAUGUGCAGUUUUUCAGUGAAGAAGAUGCAGGGUUCGUCAAUAGGCAGUUGAAUUCUGAAUGGUUUAAUGAAAGACCAGUAUACAGUGAAUUAUCUCCAGUGUCUGAUUUUGAAGAAGCUCAUUGUCGAGCCUAUGAUAAUGGAGGAUGCGAUCGUGGUGGAAGGUGUAAUUACAUGCAUGUCAGACAACCGACAGAAGAGCUCUUUGAUGAAUUGUUCCGAUGCCAACAAAAAAGUGCUUUUCAAAAAAGGCUAGGUAAUUUGAAAGAAAUAUGUAGCAAAGCUGAACAUAAUACCGCAGCUACUAAGGUUAGUGAGCAUACAAAUGAAAACAAUCCAGGAACUACAGCGUUACUCGAACAAUUAUCAUAA